AUGAGUUUUUAUUCAAACUUACCUUCUGUACAGAACGAGUCAAAUGCCUUAAGUUCAUACCAUCCUACACUUUUCGAAAUAAUAUCAUCACAAGAGAUUGAUGAUCUUUUACCUGCCUCCCUGCGUUAUAUCCUAACUAAAUACUGGAUCACUAAUUACCCUUCAAGAUUUUCCAUUAGUAUUAAUACCUAUUUUGAUGAAUGGUUCUCUCUAUUAUUAAAGGGGUCGGUUGAAUGGUAUCAUCUUUACAAAUAUAAUUCUACUUUUGUAGAUAAAUAUUACGGCCUUCAAAAAUUUAAUAAUUCAAAUAAAGAACGGUCAAAGGUUUAUUUGGAUCUUAUAACUAAAGGUAAGCUUUCCGAAUGGCCAAAGUUAUUGCAUCUUAAAAGAAGUCAAAGAAUUAUAACUUGGUUACAAAAUAUUAUAUUCCCAUAUUUAACGAAUAAGAUUGAUGAUUAUCAAAAAAAAUUAAUAAAUCAUUCUUUAUUUAAUGAAAUUACUCAAUGGCAAAGGUUAUUUCUUAAAAUUUAUCCGAUUUUAAAGAAAUCAAUCUUAAUCUUAAAUUUAUUUGUGAAAUUAUCCUUUAUAUCGGGAACUCAUAAUUCAAUAACUCUAUUGGAUUAUAUUUUCAAUAUUAGCUAUGUUAGAAAAAUUGUGCCGUUGAAUUACGAAAGUGAUAUUACUGACAACAUGUCAAUUGGGCAAGGUUUAAACAAGAAAGUGAAUUUUAAUCACUUCACUGUUAAGAAUGGUCUUCAAAAUAUUACAAGGAAUGCCUGGGAUGGUGUUGCAUUUACAGGAUCUCAAAUUUUCCCAACAUUCAUGUUCAUGUUAAAGAUAUAUCAAUGGUGGAUAAGUCAGGAUUUAACUGCAAAAUUACAAAAAAGAAUAAAUAAUUUAGAUAAAGAAAUUCCAAGACCUCCUUUGAACUCUUCAGAUCUUGAAAUAUUAUCCGAUAGUAAUUGCAUAAUAUGUAAAAAUAUCAUCCAGAACCCAGCUAUUAUUGAAACUGGGUAUGUUAUGUGUUACCCAUGUGCGGUAACAUACCUUCAAGAGCACGAAGGUGAAUGUCCCGUUACUCAUAAGAAGUUAUUACAAUGUACAUUUGAUAAAAAUCUUAAUGAAUGGAAUGUAUCAAAAAGUGUUCGUAAGUUAUUGAUCUGA